AUGUACUUCUCAGCCAUGUGGUUUUGCGCCAAAAGAAUGCCAAGAAUAUUUGUUCUAAUAUUCAACGUUAUUACAAUUUUUUUAACAAUAUUUCUCCUUAUUGGCUGUUAUAAUUUAGCUAACCAUAAAACAUUCCUGACACGUUAUGACUUUGACUCAGACUCACCAUUUUACUCGGUUAUUAAAUCAUCGUUUACUUCUGGAAACAAGACAACAGGUUUAGAGGAUGUAGUAAUUAGAGCUGGUUUCAUGGGUGUUUGUAUUGAAUCCGUUCCAAGAGUUUACAAUUUACAAAACCAAACAUUGACGUCAAUCUGCUAUCCAAGGAAAAAUCUAUCAAAUCUUUCGCUCUUUACCGAUUUAUCUAUCGAAUUAUUCAAUAUCCCAUCUGCUUCCUCUUCCACAAAUAAAACCACUAUGAAUCAGACACCUGUAAAAUUGAACAUUUUAGAGAUUGCACAAUUGUUUUCAGUAAAGGUUUUACACCCAUAUAUUUUGAUGGCUACAAUUAUUUUAACAAUAAUAAUGUUCAUAUUAAUUUUAUAUGUGACAAUCCCCAACUUACCAUUUAGAGAAUAUGUCAACAUAUUUCUCUUGUUAUUAUCUCCUGUUUUAGUAUUAGUUUGGGGGUUUGGAGCUAUUUGGACACAUAUUGCUAUAAAGGCAAGUUAUAAAUUUGUUCCCGCCGCCAGUAUGGGAAUAAUCAAGGUUACCAAGGGUAAGAAAGCCAGUACAAUGUCUUGGUUUAGUUUUGCAUUUUUACUAAUAGAUUGUGUGAUAUUAUGGGCUUUAUAUUUGAGGGAUAGGAAGAAACUUGAUGAAAAAAUUGAUGAUAUCAAUGUUGGGAAACCUUAUGAUUAUUACAAUUCAUCUAUAUCUUCUAGUUCAACGAUGAAUUCAAAAGUUUAA